AUGUCUCCUCCUCCUCCUCCAGUCCCCUUCCUUCCUCUGCCCGCCGCCGGCAUCUCUCCUCCGCUCACCACCGCAACCCAAUCGCAAGCACACCCCUCCUCCUCCUCCUCCUCUUCGCCAUUGGAGAACCUGAAGCCCAGCAUUCUGAUCAUAAUCCUCAUCCUCUCAAUCACACUCCUCGUCUCCCUCUCCCUCUGCCUCCUCCUCCGCCUCCUCAACCGCCGCUGCCUCCACCCCCUCUCCUCCUCCUCCUCCUCUGCUUCCUCCCCCACCGCCUCCUCCAACCGCAGCCGCGUCUCCCCUCAAAUCACCGACUCUUCUCUCCUCGACUCCCUCCCUCUCUUCACCUUCGCCUCCAUCCACCGCCGCUCAGCCUCAGCCUCCUCCUCCUCGGGCGAUUGCGCGGUCUGCCUCUCCAAAUUCGAGCCAAACGACCAGCUCCGCCUCCUCCCUCUAUGCUGCCACGCCUUCCACUCCGCCUGCAUCGACACCUGGCUCCUCUCCAACCAGACCUGCCCUCUCUGCCGCUCCCCGCUCCACGCCUCCGAUUCCGACAUCCUCAAGGCACUCUCCGGGAGCUUCCGCCUGGAGAUCGGCUCCGUCAGUCGGCGGCAGGGGGACGACGUCCGGCGCGGGGGAUCCUACUCCAUGGGGUCCUUCGACUACGUUGUGGAGGAGGAGGAGGAAUUGGAGGUGGUAACGGAGGUCCAGAGCGCGGGGCACAGGAGAAGCGUGUCGGAGAACAAGGAGGAUGAGCUGGCGGCGGAGGUGGGGAGGAGCAGCUGGCUCAAGGACUGCGUGGACAGGCUGUCGUCGUCGUUCCGGAGCUCAGGGAGGUUCUUGAGCAGCCGGCGGAGCGGGGAAGCAGCAGCAGCGGUGGGGGAGUAUGACGUGGAGGAGGCUAAUAGGUACGGGGAAGAGAUCAGCGAGCUCUUCCGCUGGUUCUCGGGUGUGUGA